AUGGCCCCCACUGCCCACGCGCCAGGCGUCCCCUCCCUCCCGCCCCGCGCUCCUGGCGCGCGCUGCCCACAGCGACUUCAGAUCCGAUCGACACGACCGAUACUGUCGACGCGACCGAUACCGUCGAUCCGAUCGAUCGGAUCGCGCCGAGGGGAGCCGCGUCCGCGGGCCGUGGCUGGGCCGGGGCUGGAGACGGCCACGGCGAAGAAGGCGGGCGGCGGGGCGAGGGGGGAUGAUUGGAACCAGUGGGUCAGGGAGGGACAGGGGGAGACGCCGCUGGUUCGCAGGCAGGCUGCAAAGCAGGACAGCCAGCAGGCCAAGAUCGCGGACUCGCUGCCGCCGUGGGACGCGUCUUUGACGGCCGAUGUGGCGGUCGUGGGCUGCGGUCCCGCGGGCCUGGCGCUCGCAGGCGAGCUGGGGAAGAGGGGCAUGCGAGUGGUGCUGGUGGGGCAAGACUCGGCAUUUGUUAACAACUAUGGUGUUUGGCGUGAUGAAUUCCGGGAGCUGGGGCUGGAGCACGUCCUUGAAUGCCAAUGGGACGAUUCUGUGUGUUUCUUUGGUGAAGGCCAGGAGGUUCGUGUGGGGAGGGGCUAUGGCCGGGUAUGUCGGCGGCGGCUGCGGCAACACCUGCUAGAGGUGUGCCGAAGUGAGGGUAUUGGUGGAGGAGUGGCCUUCCAUGAGGGCCUUGUGGAUGCCGUGGACUCAGAGCGGGGGUCGGACACCAGCACAUUGCGCUGCAAGGAUGGGUCUGAGGUGCGGGCGAGGCUGGUGACGCUGGCAUCAGGGGCGGCAGCUGGAAGGUUCCUUGAGUACGAGACCGACACUCCGCAGCCUGCGGGGCAGACGGCCUACGGCAUCGAGGCAGAGGUGGAGGGGUACGAGAAGGGCUUUGACCCAAAGGCCAUGCUAUUCAUGGACUACAGACGGCACCACACGGGUUUGUGGGAGGACACAGCACACACAAUACAGGCAGGAAAGCACCCCAAUGCGGGGGACGGCCUUUGGGGCACCUCCAAUGAGGUCCCUUCCUUCCUGUACGCCAUGCCCCUUUCGGACGGGACUGUCUUCCUUGAGGAGACAUGCCUGGUAGCCAGACCUGCCCUGCCCUUCGCCACACUCAAGAGGCGGCUAGAGCGGCGCCUGGCAGCACAGGGCAUACGCGUGAAGCGAGUGCUGGAUGAAGAGUGGUCCUACAUACCGACGGGGGGACCGCUGCCGGCACAGGGCCAGGCCAUCACAGCAUUUGGUGCAGCGGCCAACCUGAUCCAUCCUGCCACAGGCUACUCCAUCACGCGGUCGUUCCAGGAGGCCCCAGCCAUGGCAGAUGCCAUUGUCGAUGCCCUCAAGUCAUGCCCCCUCAUCGGGCAACGAGCAGACAGGGUUUGGGACACACUGUGGUCGCAGGAGAAACGGAAGCAGGCCGCCUUCCAUGUGUUUGGCAUGGAGCUGCUCGUCAACUUGGACCUUGCCUCCACCAACAACUUCUUCAAAACCUUCUUCCGCCUCCCCGAGUAUUUCUGGCAAGGCUUCCUGGCGUCCAAACUUUCGUCUGUGGAACUGCUGGCCUUUGCGGCCGGCAUGUUCCUGUUGGCGCCACUCUCGACCAAGUACCAACUCAUGGAGCACUUCUUCGUUGACCCCUCCAGCCGCUACUUGGUCCGCAGCUACUUUCCCGACAAAGACGAGGGCGACAGCACCCACAGCAGCUGA